AGACAACAUUUAACAUUCUCAAUCUAUCAUUGGAAUAAGCAUCAAUGGAGGAUUUCAAAGUCUUUUUGUACCUCCUAAUCCUACUUCAUGUUCUUCCACCUUCGUUAGCAGAAUCACCAUACGAAUGCCCGAUUUCCUUCUGUGGCUCGAGUGCAUACUCGAUCCAGUUCCCGUUUCGUGUGGUGGGUCAACAACAGGACAUGUGUGGCUAUCCGGGCUUUAACCUACGUUGUGACAAACAAGGAAAACUGCUACUGAACCUCCCAAAUUCAGGAGACUUUUCAGUACGAGCCAUUGAUUAUCGAUCUCAAAUUGUCCAAGUUUACGAUCCAUCAGGCUGUUCUGCCGCUAGACGUUUGACUUUAGACCUUUCGGGUUCACCUUUUUGGGGUACCCAAAGUAAAAACUACACUCUUUUGAGCUGCCCGGUCGAGACCGACAUGUCUAAUCACAUCAGUGUUGGUUGCAUAAGCAAUUCUACGCAUUCUACUUUAGCUAUUUCAUCUGAGCAUUUUGCUAUGACAAUGGCUAACCAAACCUCGUGUAGGAUCAUCGGUUCUAUAACUACCCCCAUAGCAUGGUGGCAAGAUCAAGGAGGACUCACAUCUAACCUUAAUAUGGAUUUAGCUUUAACAUGGAAUAGCCCUAAUUGUACAGAGUGUACGGCCCGUGGCGCGGUUUGUGGUUAUACAAAUACCACAAAGCAAGAUAUUACCUGCUUUGACAAUACCAAAAAGAGCAAUAAACAUCAGAUAAUAGCGUUGGUAAUUGUAGCCGUAUCCCUACCGGCCAUAGCCGCCUCAAUUGCCUUGGCAUGUUAUAUGUGCAGGGACCGCAGGAGGGUAGCCACCUGGGUUGCAAGAAACGCAGCACUCAAUGCGGCAGACACCACCACCGUAUCAAAUAGAAAUACGGUCAUAGGUCUGGACCAAUCGACCAUAGAGUCCUACGCAAAAGCGGUUCUAGGAGAAAGUAAACGCCUUCCAGGACUUGGAGAUGCAACGUGCUCCAUAUGCUUAGCAGAAUACAAUGUUGAAGAGAUAGUCAGAUGCAUACCCGAGUGUAGACAUUGCUUCCAUGCUGACUGUAUUGAUGAGUGGCUUAAGGUGAGAGGGACAUGCCCGGUUUGCCGAAAUUCACCUUCCGCUAGCUCGUAACAUAUUCAUAUGUUUUAUUGUUUUUUUCAAUACUUGAUCUCGGCUUCUCGCAUCCCUGCUGCUUAUGUUCGUUCUUCUCAAGAUAAAUAAUGAGAGAUUGUAUAAUAAAUCAGUCUGUAAUAUCAAAAUCCAAAAUAAAGCACUGAAAAAUCAGAUUGGGAAUUUCGGAUCAAUUCUAUUGACAUUUUUACAGAUAAA